AUGAGUGUUAAACUUCCAACACGAACUGAACGAGACAAACACCAAAUUGCACGGACGAGUUUUGAACAAUCUGAUUCAGUACGACGGUAUCAAAUGAAAUUGGCCAAUUUACUUCAACAAACGAAACCCUUAUCGGAUGAUGUUUUGAAUAUUUCGUCCAAGCAACGAAGUGACAUGUCAAUGGGUAAAUAUAAAGAUGAAGAUAAUUAUGGGGUCGCAACUUUACUUGCUAAGGCGAACAUGAAAAUUGCUGAGUUACAAAAUGAACUUAAGGAGAAAAACGAUGUAUUAAUGAAUACAUCAUUAAUGACACAAGAAAUUAAUGGACUUCGCAAGACAAACACCGAGUUAAUGCAAGAGAACAUUCGUUUGAACAAAGAGCACUGUUUGUUACGUGAAGAGAACAGACAACUGAAGUACCAAAACAAUCAACUGGUGACUCAGAUACAUCAACUCCAAGCAUCAAUCACGUUGUAUUCACAAACCGCACUUAAUUCUUCACAUGACGUCCAAAUUGAUCACUUAAAGAACAACUUACCUGAGACAAAGAACAAGAAAACAAUUUUCGCGUAUGAAAAUAAUUCUUUUCUUGUCUGUGCAGACUUCAAAGGGUCUCAAGACAUCGAAGAAGUCAUCAAUUUUAAAGUCCCUUUUUCGGCCAUCCAAAAUCAAGAAGAGAUGGUUGUUGUCUUUAAGAAAUACGACUUGGACACGUAUGGGAACCAAAGAAAAGAACCCGAGCUGUUGUCGAUCAAACUUGUUUUUUCGGACCUAAAGAAGUUUGCCGACGAUACGUAUAAAUCGUCCAAUUUCUACGGUUCGACUUUUGAUGGAAAGCAAUGUAAAACAUCCUUUGAAUUCUCAAUCGGAAAAGAUAAAGAAUUGAAUGAAGAGUUAGUGCCAUUUCCAUUGUCGACGGUAUACAGUGGUGGUAUCUAUAAUUGUCAUGGCGUCGAUUUACAAAUCGACCCGGGGGCUCAAGACACUAAUUAUGUCCUCUAUGCAGACCAAAAGUCAAAUUAUGUUCGAGUCACAUUUUGCGACCCGACUCAACACUUCACAAGAGAUGGAAACAAUUUGAAAACAUCAGUUGAUGUCAGUUACACAGAAGACAAUUUCUUUAUCAACUUACCCGACGGAAAUCAAAUGUCUCUCGGUAUAUCAAUCGAGAAGCCUUUAUUUAUCGAGUAUUUAGGUAUAGGUUUACCAGUACUCGGCCAACCAGAUAAACGUGGUAAUCUGGUUGUAAAACUAAACUAUUUAUAG